AUGAAGCAUCUACUGACUGCACUCGUGGCCCUGCUGGGCAUCCUGCCGCGGGACGAGGUCCUGGGAUUGGGGGUGCGAACGGAUUCAGGACCUCCGUGCCCGCGUCGCUAUCUGCGCAGGAUCAACGGCAAGUGCUACUACUUUUCGGUGAAGAAGAUGAACUGGUUCGGGGCCCUGAAUAACUGCCUGCGCAAAGGACUGACCCUGGCCGACUUGGGCAACCAAAGGGACUUUGACGGCGCCAUCGGCUUCCUGAGUGGCCUGGGCAACACGGAGGACUUCUGGUUCGGGGGCAACGACCUGUACCACGAGGGCCGCUUCCAGUACAUCAGCAACGGGCGACUGGUGCGCUACUACAGCAACUUCAGCAACGUGCUGCCCAUGGAGCACUCCGAGUGCGACGACUGCCUGGAGGUGCGCAUCCGGGCGCAGGUCUCCAUGGUGACGGCGGACAACUGCCAGGAGCGGCAGUACUUCAUCUGCUCGGAGCGCUACUGCGAGGACACGGACGACAGCAAGAAGCCGAAGCACCACAGCCACGAGCAUCUGCACCACUUCCACCACGACAUCGGCGAGAGUGGCGACGGCGAGGCGGAGGAGGAGGCGCUGGACCGCCAGGAGCCCAUCGAAAGUGGAUCGCCGGAGAACGGGGAGCAGGACUCGGAGGAGGCGGCCGGAGCGGUGGACGUGCCGGAUUUGGACAACAAUCAGGCCAAUGUCACCACUGCCGCACCAGAAAAUCCAACAGAAGAAGAGGCGACGGGUGAGCCGGAAGCAAGUGAAACCCCCGAGGACACUACAGCUCCAGCCGCAGCCGCAGCCGAAGGAGGAGAGGAAAAGAAAAAAGAAGGAGGAACAACUCCUCCUCCCGCCGAAGGAGUUACUCCUGCGGAAGCAGCCGCCAUCGCGGAAGGAGCUGCCGCCCCGUCAGGACUUGCUCCACCCGCCGAAGGUGCAGCCGCCGAAGCAGCCGCCACUACUGCGGCAGCACCCUGAGCUGUAGAACAUUGUCCAAAUGAUUCCCGCCUUUCCUUUCGAUCACAAAUAAACGACAGCAAAUAAUAAUGCCAGCAUUUUGAUUUAGCAGAUUCUUGGAGAACAAGGGUACAAACCUUGAGAGCAAGCCUUUUUGAAAUCAGAUGUAUUUAACUUAAAUAAAUUUGUAAUCAAAACACAUCAACAUUUAAUAUAAAAACUGGCAAACUUUCAACAGAUUUGGGUAUAAGUUUACUAGGUCAUUUUACGAUAAGACGAUAAGAAGGCCAAAAUGUGGAAUAGGUCCAUAUAUAAACGACUGCUGUUAGCAGGAGCUUCUGCAAAAUUGAUAUAAAGCCAAGCAUUUUAGAUAAUUAGGAAAUUUGUUCACCCCUUAUACAUCAAUAAAAUUAAAGUUGCAAGCUAUUUAAGUGUUGGUUUCAUUUUUUUUAUGGGUUUAACUUUAACAAAUGGUUUUAUACUUUAAGAUACAUCAUUUGCGAUAAAAAUUUGCAAACUUUAAAAAGAUUCGGGUCUAAUCUAAAAGGUUAUUUAACCUUUGGAAAGCAAGAAAGAAAGAUUAAGAGGCAGAUGCAUGUAUAAACAACUGAUGUUAACAGAGCUUCUCCAAUAUUGAUAUUAACCCAAAAACCUUCAUUUUAAGAACACAGUUAGAUAAUGCUUAAAUAUAUGUCUACCUUUAAGUAGAAGAACUGGGAGAUAAGCCGUAUAAGUGAGGUCACUAACAACAUACAACGUAAAUAAAAUAACAAUACUUUGUAAAAAGCAUUCAAAUAUUCGAACGACUCAAUUAAACAACCUAUUGACAAUGUCAGUUAAUUUGGAAUUCUAUGUUUUUAUUUGAGUUGUAAGACUGAAGAGCACCAGCAUGAUUUUGAUACUGAUGGUGAGUGAACAAUUACCAACUGGUGUAACAUCACCAUUACUAAUUGCAAUUAAUCAAUUGG